AUGGCCGACGCGUGCGACUCUGGAAACGAGUUUGACGGCCGCAUGGGUCUGCGCAUCUCGUCCAUCUUUGUCAUUCUCGUGGGCUCGCUGUUUGGCGCUGUCUUCCCCGUCUAUGCUAGACGCAUUGGCAGCAAUGGGCUGCCUUCGUGGACGUUUUUCAUAGCCAAGUACUUUGGCUCUGGAGUCAUUAUCGCGACAGCUUUUAUCCACUUACUCGGCCCGGCUGAAGAGGCCCUCACUAAUCCAUGUCUGACCGGCCCUAUUACCGAGUACAGCUGGGUUGAGGGUAUUGUGCUGAUGACUAUUAUCGUCAUGUUCUUUGUCGAGUUGAUGGUUAUGCGCUAUUCCUUUGGCGACGGCCAUGGCCAUUCGCACGACCACUCUCACGACCACACCUCGCACUCGAUUCAGUCUCAAGAAAACGAGACGAAACAAGUCGUGGCCAACGACAACACGGACCACAUCCCUGGAAACGACCAUCUCAGCCACUCCAGAGACCACCGAGACCUCGAGUCUGCGGAACAAGCCCUCCUGUCGCCCGAGGAGUACUCGGCGCAGCUGACUGCCGUCUUCAUCCUCGAGUUCGGCAUCAUCUUCCACUCGGUCUUUGUCGGUCUGACCCUGGCUGUUGCCGGCAGCGACUUUAACACGCUGUACGUCGUGCUAGUCUUCCAUCAGACCUUUGAAGGACUCGGUCUGGGAUCGCGUUUGGCCACGCUUCCCUGGCCCGAUUCCAAGCGCCUGACCCCUUACUUCCUGGGUCUUGCAUAUGCGCUGUCCACCCCGAUUGCCAUUGCCAUUGGAUUGGGAGUGCGCCAGUCGUACCCGCCCGAGGGCCGCACCACGCUAAUUGUUAAUGGCGUGUUUGACUCCAUCUCCGCUGGAAUCCUCAUCUACACCGCUCUUGUAGAGCUGAUGGCGCAUGAGUUUAUGUUUAGCUCGUCCAUGCGCCGUGCCCCCUUGCGCACGGUUUUGUGGGCUUUCUUUUUGAUUUGUAUGGGUGCGGCCCUGAUGGCGCUGCUAGGAAAAUGGGCUUGA